CCUCAAUCAUGGUCAGCAAGCGCUUCGAGCCUUCGCAAAUCGGAAACAAGGCCAAGCGGGAAGAUGUCGCGGCCAAGCAGCGCAAGGCGAAGACUCAGCAGAAGCUGAAGAAGCGUCUCGAGCGGGCGAAGGUGGAAUCGCAGAAUCCCGCGCUGAAGAAGCAACGACUACAACAGAACGUGCCGAAGACCCUCGACAACCAGCGCGAAUUUGACCCCUCCUUCCUCACCGCCGAUCCCUCCACCUCGACUAGCGAAGACCGCCAGGAGACGGACGCCGACAUCGCCAACGACCCCUUCGCCUCCUUCUUCUCCGACGCCGAUCCGGACGUCCCGCCCAAAAUCUUGAUAACCACCGGGCCUCAGGCACAUAAGCCGACGUACGAGUUCUGUGAUGAGCUCGCGGGCGUGUUCCCCGGCGCGGAGUUCAUCAGGCGGAAGAAGGGGAAGGGCUUUGAGAUGGGGCGCAUCGCGGGCUGGGCGGCGGAUAGAGGGUACAAGCACAUGCUGGUGGUGAACGAGGAUCAUAGACAACCGAAUGCUAUCACGCUCAUCCAUCUCCCUGCCGGUCCGACCGCGUACUUCAAGCUCUCCUCCAUCCAGUUGACGAAGCAGAUCUACGGUCACGCCCGCGCCACCGCCCACCACCCCGAGCUCGUUCUGAACGGCUUCGUCACCCGCCUCGGCCUCAGCGUCGGCCGCAUGUUCCAGACCUGCUUCCCCCCACUACCCGAAUUCCAAGGCCGGCAGGUCGUCACCCUUCACAACCAGCGCGACUUCCUCUUCUUUCGCCGGCACCGCUAUGCGUUCCGAUCGACCGAGAAGGUCGCACUGCAGGAGAUCGGCCCGCGGUUCACGUUGAAGCUAAGGUGGUUGAAGAAGGGGAUACCCGCGGUGCAGCAGUUCGGGGCGCCUCCGAAGCCUUUAGAAUUCGAUGCGGCCGAGCCAUCGGAGGAGGGUGCACCGGAGAAGGAGGAUUCAUUCAAGGAUGCGGAGGAGCAAGCUGAAGAAGCCAUGGAAACCGACGAGCCUACACCCGAUACCUCAAAGCCCCCACAAAAGACGGUACCGCCUACCCAAGACGAGUAUGUCUGGGUCUGGAAACCGGAACUCGAGACGACACGUCGUACUUUCUUCCUGUGAUUCUUGCAUCCUCGUCACCGUAUACACUGCCUGUAUCGCAUGUAUCGCGCAUCGUCCUGCGCUUGCUUUGUUUGUUCGUUCGAAUUCGGAUAUUUGCUCGCUUCCACGUGACCUUAUGUUAUUGGACCCACGUGUGUCCUUCGUUCUGCUUUAGACCGUCAUCUCAACCGACUCCGGUAGUGGACUCUGGACAUGGAUCAUUCACGAAUACUCAAUCUCGACAUACUAGAGCAAGUGUUCUUGCAUACUCUCCCCAACGAGCUCUUCGUGCAUCCAUCUUUGCGCGCAGGACCCCUCUUGGUCAGCCAUGUCUGCUCGUCGUGGCGCCAACAAGUGCUAGCUACGCCCGCGCUAUGGAGGUCAUUAGACAUACACGUAACCCGGAG